AUGUCGAAAUUGCUGAAGUGAACUUUGAACUCUCUUCCUUUUAACUUUUUCUAGGUAACAGGAAGGGCAAACUGCCUGGAAGUCUCUGGGAGAUAUAUCUUUGCUGGCCUCUCUACAGGACUUUCUGUCUUCAGUUCAUCUACGUGUGAGAAGCUUUGUGCUUGGGAGGCAGCCAACCUUGAAAUUUGCACCAUCUGCGUCUCAGGCCUUAGUGGCAGCUCCUGCCUCCUUGGGGCAGUGGAUGAGCUGGGUGUUGCCCAUCUUUUCUAUUUUGUCAGAGAGAACCUCCUUCAUAUAAAAGCCAUAAAUGAAGUGGAAGAUAUUACCAAGCGGAAUGUAUGUGCCACCUUGCAGCUCUCUCACCGGGCUGAUUAUGCUGGCUUCCUGCUGCAAAGCAGCUCAGAAGGGUGGCUGGAGAUUUACCGAUUGCCUAAGGAUGCCUGGCUGAAGGAGCUGGAAAUAAUUCAACCAGUACAGCUUCCAGGGCUUCCUGGAAGUGAGAAUGACAAGCUGAAGGAAAAGGAAGUCAAGCAGCCAUCCCCUCCAGAGAGACCUGGAUCAAGAUCAGGAAAGCGCCAUUCUCCUAAGAAAAAGAGUGUGGAUAUCCAAGGUCAAGUCCCCGAAGAGAUGGAUUUGCUACAACUCCUAAGCAAAGUUGAAUCUAAGCUGGUUCCCCCAGUGCUGCUCCUGAAAAUCAGGUCACCCAAGCCGCUUGCAGGAAGCACCUUUAAGAAUCCCUUUGAUGCCUUAAUGAAGAGUGACGAUGGCAGUGUACUUGGCUUGGGAUACAACCAUAUGAUGAAGGAGUCCCAGUGGGAGCAGCUGGAUGCCAUUUUUAACAACACUUUCCAGCAGUAUCUGGAGACGGAGGAGGAGAUGGAACCCAAAGAGGAGAAACCCAGCCAUGCUGUGUUUCAUUUUCACUUGCCUGGUCGCACCCUGCCUUUGGGAGCUGAAAUCAAAGCCGAGCCAGAUAUAUCUGUUGCACUCAGUGUUCAUUGGAGCGGUAGUCACAAUCUUUGUUUUUAUCUUCUGAGUCGUCCACCAAAGGAAAAACCAGAUUCUGAUCCAAAACCAGACAUUGUUUGGCCAUGUGCGGCUCCAAUUGCAUGUUCAGCUAUCACACCUUGCUCUUCUUACCUGGUUUUUGCCUGUGAAGACAGAAGCAUUACUUCCUGGGACGUAUCUAUUGGGUUCCCCUUGUCUGUGACUGUGCUUCCAAAAGGGUAUGCUGUACGAAGCCUCCAGUUCAUGCCUCUUUCUUUAACAUCAAACAAGAAAUUGCCUAUCCCUAACAAAGUGCACAUUCUGGUAUUGUGUACGGAUGGAUCUCUAUAUUUAUUCACAUCAGGAACCCAAGAAUGUGAUACCAAGCUGUUGGGUUACAGACCCCAGGCUCCCAGCCAGAUGAUCAGUGCUGUGGGAACCAUCCCAACCUUGCCUGAUGCCGCGCUGAUCUUCUUCUGGGAUGGCACAGUCAACCUAAUGGACAUCUCUAUGGAAGAAAAUAUUUGCCAGUUCGUCCCCCCGUCCCCAUAUAAAGUCGCCUCUCCCUGGCAGCCAGUUUUUUCAGUGGAUAGCGAUGGCCAAGGCAUGAUCCUCAGAGGCGAAGCCCAGUCUGGAAGUGUUAAGGGGGAAACAGAAGUCAUCUUCCUCUUUAACUUCGCAUUCUACCCACUGAUGGAGACGUUUGCACUUAAAGCCAAACAGUCUUCUGACAGCUUAGCAUAUUUACCUUGGGACCAGCGCUGUGACAUCUUCCUAAAUGACAACCUGCAGCGGCUGUCCACAAUUAGCCAGCAGAUGCCCGAGUGCUGGAGCCAGCUGCAGGACUACGCGGCUGCCCUGACAAGAGGGAGCCCAGAGGAAGAGCCAGGAGAGGAAGAGGCCGGGUUGGGGUUAGAAAGGAACCAUGUCGUGUUGUACUUCAUCCCCUUCUGUGGCAUUAGCCAUGUAUAA